GAAUUAAAGAAUUAAAGUUGAAUUUAAUUCAGGUUUAUUCUAGGAGCAAUUAGCAAGUCAACCAAGCUAGCUACACUUCAUGACAGAUGGGCAUACGAUUGUUUAUCCAAUUUGAUGAAAGCUUGCACGUCUUGUACCCUUUGCGUUCAUUAUAUAUACUGCUCUCCAUGAUUACUGAAAUCGUGCCAAGUUCUAAGCUUGCUCCUUUUUCGUCGAAAAUCUAAUUGGAAUCUGAUCAAUUAGUUCUUACGAGAUCGAGUUGUACAGAAAUCAUGGCUGAUCAUGGGGAAGAAGAAAAGAUCAUACUCAAAAGCCCAGGCCUGCUGAAGUACAUCUUGGAAACAAGCUGCUUUCCAAGAGAACACGAGCUAUUGAAGCAGCUAAGGGAAGCAACUGUCGAGAAAUACCAGUUCUGGAGUAUUAUGAAUGUGCCAGUUGAUGAAGGAUUGCUUCUCUCCGUUCUUCUGAAGAUUAUGAAUGCAAAGAAGACAUUGGAGUUGGGAGUCUUCACUGGUUAUUCUCUACUCACCACUGCUCUUGCCCUACCUGCUGAUGGCAAAAUAACAGCAAUCGAUCCAAACAAAGAAGCCUAUGAGGUCGGAUUGCCGUUCAUUCAAAAGGCCGGGGUGGAGCACAAGAUCGACUUCUUUCACUCAGAUGCCUUCUCAGUCCUAAACGAUCUCAUUACCAAUGGUAAGGAGGAAGGGAGCUUCGACUUUGUAUUUGUGGAUGCAGACAAGGACAACUACAUCAAUUAUCACGAACUGCUACUGAAGCUUGUCAAAGUUGGUGGGAUAAUAGCUUAUGAUAACACACUGUGGUUUGGCACGGUUGCAGAACCGGAUGAGGAGAAGGUAGAGAAACCUUUAAGGCCAGGAAGAAGUCAUGUGAUUGAGCUCAACAAGUUUCUGGCUGGCGAUUCUCGUGUUGAACUGGCUUUUGUUUCCAUUGGAGAUGGUCUUAGCCUAUGCAGGCGCCUCUACUGAAGUAUGAACAAGUACUCCGAUGUUGAUCAGGCUCGCCGUUUCCAAUGAAUAAAUAAACUCAUUUUCAAUUGAUUGAUUCUAUUCCGAUCGAAAGACUUGAACCAAUGUUGUAACAAAUCACAAGAUCUUUCUUCUGUGUUUUCUAUUACAUAAGUACAAGAAUUUGUUUUUUUGAGGUGAAUGGUGUACGUCAGACUUUAUUAAUAAUUAUGAAAAUAUGAAGGACUACAUUUUU